AUGGGCCGCAGCCUCAGCCGCGACCCGUCCCAGAACCGGUACGUGUUCGGGGAGUUCGGGGAGCAGUGGGCACCACUCCGAGACGUCUACGUGCCGCCUCCCUGCGCGUCCUGCAGCGGGUCCAGGGCAGCCAUCACCAUCGGCCUCGGGGGCCUGCACAGCGGCGCCCCCUGGCACACCCACAACGCCGCCUUCGUGGAGAUGCUCCACGGCUCCAAGCACUUUGCGCUGCUGCCGCCCGAGGACGAGGACACCCAGGAGAUCCGCGAGGCCAUCGCGAACCUGUCCCAGCUGCACUGGCAUCGGGACGUGCGCCCGCUCAUGGAGCGCGCGGGGAGGCUCGCUCGCCUGCAGGAGUGCGUGAUCCGACCUGGGGAGCUGCUCUAUCGCACAGGCAGACUGGCCCGCGGCGACGCCCAGCUGCUGGAACAGACGCAACUCCAGGGCGGCAGAGUCCGCGCACCCGUGGGCGACACCACCGACACCGGCGGCGGUUUAGGCGGGAAUCGCGUGUGCAGCAUGGCGGCAGCAGGCGCCCACGGCAGCUUCGCCCGCUUCGCCGCGCGGGAGGCCGAGGACCUCGUCGAGGCGCGCGAGAGUCCUUUGAAGCUGGGCGGGCAUGCGGAUCGUGUGCUGGCGUACGAGGUCACCGUCACGCUGUCCGUGAGCAAGCUGGUUCAGCACCGCGCCCAGCGCUCGCCCCGCGCCCAACGCUCGCCCCUCGCGGGCGGCCGGGCUGCAGGCGGCGCGCAGCACCCCCCGCGGCCGUCCAGGCCGUUGGCCGGGCGGCAGGCGGAGGCGUUCGAGAAGGUGCCCGCCAAGGGCAUCGGCUGGGCCUACACCGUCGCGUGGCUGGCGACGAUCGUCUGCUGGGGGCUGUGUGCCUGGGUCGCCCCUGUCGCGCUCGCCAAGCCCCACUACAAGGUGCCGGCGGUCCACGCCAGGUUCAUGCUGGCGCAGGGGCUCGCGCCCCUGCUGCUCGUGAACUCCGUGUUCAAGUCGCUCCGCGGGGCGGCCAACGCGGCGGGCUGGCACCGCCUCAGAUGA